UUGAAUGUAUUGUGAUUUGUGAUUUGUGAUCGUGUCGUCUAAUAUUUUUUGCGCGUUAAUUUCAACUUGAUUUAAGGAUUUCGAUUAUUGGCGUGUUAAUUAUCUAUACAAUGAAAAAAGGAUAUAAGGUGACCGAUGUAAAAAGAGAAAAAAAAAUUGGUAUCGCUGCUGAAAAUUUACAAGAAUUAAUUGAGAAAUCAUGCAGAAAGUUGGGGUUCAAUGCCAGUUGCGCGGAAUGCCGAUUAUAUGUAGCAGAAGACGGAACACUUGUAGAUGACGACAACUACUUGAAAACUUUACCACCACAGACACUUUUUAUUCUGUUGCAGAAAAAAGAGACAAUGGUAAAUGACUUUGAUUUCUUCUACAAUAUGAUUAGAUCUUCUAAGAAAGAUUUUAUUGAAACUGGCCUUGCAGCUAAGGAGUUUCUUGAUACCAAUUUGCGAGAGAAGUUUUUGGUGCUGCAAAGAUAUAUUGCAGCUGCUGAUGAUAAUAAAACCAUGUUAAGUGAGAGAACUCAGGAUCCACAUUGGUUUGAAGGUCUUGAACCAUCAGAGAAAACUAAGGAGCAAUCUAUGUCUAAAAGGGUUAAAGAAAGAAUGAGGGGAUACUACUACAAGACAAAAACUGCAUUACAAUCUUCAGAAUUAUAUGUUCAUUCAAAAAAUGGUCACGGUAAGGGUCUUGUUGAUAAUUUUCUUUUAGAAUUACGGAAAUUAUUGGAAAGUAAUAAAUAUAAUGAGGGAUAUUUCAAUAGAAAGUAUGAAAACAAUUUAAGAUUAUGUAACAAGACCGGCCUCUUUCUAUGUGGUGGACUGUGGAAUGAUAGCAAGUGCAAAUAUGAAAAUGAACAUAUCAUCAACCCUUAUAGAAGUCGUGAAGAACGCAUAAUUUUUCAGACAUGGAAUUUGGAUCACAGAAUUGAGCUAUCUAGAACUAUAAUACCAGCAAUUAUUCAAGCAUUGAAUAACAUUUAUUAUGGCAAUAUUAAUUGCAUAGGUUGUAAACAAAAUAUUAAGUGUGGUGACAUAGAUACAGAGCGGUAUUAUCUGCAGAUAUUUACACAUGAAAAUUUAAAACUAGUGCAUAUUGUAUGCCACUAUAAAGGUAAACAUGAUGCUCCAUCAAAUAUAUACACAGUGUGCCAGGAGUGUCUUGACCAGAAAAGUAUUAAAAAUUAAAUUCAGUCUAAAUAAUAUGCUAAAAAAAUUAAUAUUAUUUAUUUUUUAGCAUAUUUAACUACAUUAAUGAGUUCGCAUUUUUCUCAAUCUAGUACUUGGAUUUCUAUAGAGUUGACAUGUUUUAUUCAAUAUUCAAAAAUCAGUUUGCUGUAAAUGACUGACUUACACGAGCCUAGGGUAUAGUUAUAAUCUGUUUCUGAAAAGAACCAAAUAAGAUUCCAAAAUUGGAAAGUUUCUCAGAGUUCUUAUCAGAAUUAUAUAUGUAUCUAUAAACACAAAACAUAACUGUCCUGCAAUUUGAAUAGAGGAUUAAUAUGCCCAUGGUCUAUAAAACAAAUUUAUUUUUCUUUUAUACAUUUUAUGUAUAAAAGAAAAAUAAAUAAUAUUUAUUAUCCAGUUAAUAGAUACAAUACUGCCAUUAUAUUUUAGCCAGUACAGAAGGAAAAAUUCUUACUAAAUAUAUUGAUUCUAAUCAUCUAUUUAAUAAAAUAUAUAUUUUUGUAUAAAAAUAUAUUUACCAGUAUAUGGGAAUAUUCUUGUUAUAUUUAUGAAUAUAGAGGAGGAUGGUCAAUAAAUUAGUUUAUUUUCCCUUUGUAUGUUCAAAUUUUUUUUUCUAAAUAGACCUUUAGUUUGAGUUUAUAAUGAGAUCAUAUUACAAUAAUUUUUAAUAUCUCAUAUAACAUAAGGGUAAGAAUAAUAUAAGUUAAUAUAUAAUUGUCCAUUAAUUGGGUGAUUGUCCUGAAUCAAGUAGCCUUUCUAUGUAGUGAUUAUUUACAUUUUUAUUGUUGUUGUAAGUACUUUAUCAUUAGAUGAAUUUUUCUAUUCCUUAAUUGAUCUCCUGUAAUCCCUUGAGUUAGAUUUAAGUAAGAGUUUGUAUGGCUUUAGGUACAGAUUGAAACCAGUUUAUUUGGAAUGAUUUGAAUUCUAUACCUUUGACCAAUAUAUAUUCUGCUUUUAUUUAAUUACAUAUAUGCAGAAUAAAGGUUUCAAAACUGAAACAAUACCUGUACCAAAAGUCAUCAUGAGUAUUUUUAAAGCUAAGACAUAAUCAUAAUUUAAAUAUUUGACUUAAAUGUUAUAACGAAUUUAAUAAUUUAGUUUUAACACAUUUUAAAAUAUUUUUUUAUAGUUGUCUUGAUGAAAAUUUACUCAAACACAGGGUUUUAGAUAGCAAGUGAAAUGAUUUUUUUACUUAUUUGAUAUAAACUUUUUUAUGCUCAGUUAAUCAUUGCACUGGUUUAUCUAUUGAUAUUUGAAGAUCCUUAUUUCUAUGCUAGAAAUCCAAAAAAUAUUUGGAUGGUUAGUAAUAUUAAUGUUUCAGGCUAAAACAUGUCCUGUUUAUAUUAUGUAAAAAAUAGACAAUUCAUGUGUUACAUUCUUUCCUUCCUAGUUAAGAAUAGAUAUUUUUGUCCUUAACAUUUUAAGUAGAUUAUUUUAUUUACUUAAAAUCAGUGAAUCCGUCAUUAGGUGCAAUGUUUCAGCUUCUCUAGCAGAUUCAAACUUGUUUAAGGUUCCUAUUUAUUUUCUAUAAUUGAUGAGUUAUAAAGUUGUACAAAUGUAUUAAUUAAAAUUAUGUACUGAUAUUGAUUACUAAUAAAUAUUCAUAUACAUAUUGAUAAAAUGUUGUACUCAGAUAAAAAAUAAAUAUCAUUUAAAUCGUAAAUAAUCACUGUCAGAUAUUUUAAAAAUUGUUAUUAGCAAUGCUUAGUGCUUAUAUAGAAGUUUAAAACUUGUUAAACUUGCUGCCCUUGUUCAAUUUGUAAUGUUACAUCAUUAUGUGAUUUGAGUAGUGUAAUUAAUCAGUGUUGUUGAAAUCAUUUUAAAAACUUUUAUUGUAAGUUUAAAAGUAGAUUUGUAUGUGAUGUAAAUUGUAGGCUGACUUGUAAUUAAUCAUAGAUGCUUCCAACAUAGCUUUAUAGAAGUUUGAGUUGUAGUAUAUUAAUGUUAUAGGCAAAAAAAAUUCAUAGCUAAGAAAAAUAUAUGUUAUAACUGGAAGAUUAAUGUAGCAUAAGCACCUAGACAAGAAUAUAAGAUUUAGUUACAAAUUAAGAUUAAGUAGACAAUACUGAGUUUAAAGCCGUUCAUAGCUAUAUAUUAGCACUAUUAUUUCUCAUUAGUAGUUUUUUAAAAAGGCAUAGAUUUUACUUAAUUUCUGUACUGAUUUCAUUUAGAAGUGGUUAGAUGGGAGUGUUGGGAUUAUUAGCUAUUGUUAUACAGUAUUAAUCCUUCUCCUAUUAGAUGUUAUUUAAGAAAGUUGAAUAUAUAUAAUGUUAUGUGCCAAAAAGAUAAGUCAAACUAUUUACUAGUAGAAAAAACUUUUUUUUAUCUACUUCAUAUUUAUUGUGACAACCUACAUAUUUGAAAUAAUAACAUACAAAUGUAUUGGUCAUAAAUAAAGGUGAUAAAAAUAUUAUAUAAAGUUUUUUGCAAUCUUA